AUGAGUGAUAAGUGGACUAUGUACUUCAAUGGUGUCGUUAACCUGGCUGGUUCCGGGACUGGGGCAGUCCUUAUCUCCCAGACGGGUCAGCACCACCCUGUGGCCGCCAAGUUGGUAUUCCCUUGUACCAACAAUGUCUCAGAAUACGAAGCUUGCAUACUGGGAUUGCAAUUGACCGUCGACAUGAAAGUUAGGAAGCUGCAGGUUUACAGCGAUUCCGCCCUCAUCAUUCUUCAUACAGAGGGUCAAUGGCGAACCCCCCAUGACCCCAAAUUGAUCCCUUACCAUGAAUUCCUUGAGGAGUUAAUAAAGGAAUUUAAGGAGAUUUCUUUUGAGUAUUUACCCCAAGCGCAAAAUCAGUUCGCCGAUGCCCUGGCCACAUUGUCAUCAAUGCUACAAGUCAUGGAAGGGUUAGACAUCGAGCCACUGAAAAUCAAAAUACUGACACGUCCGCUUUUACUGUUAGGCAAUCGCGAAUGA